AUGCUCGGGAAAUUCAUCCUAGCCCAGAGUUCCAACGCUACAGUCGAUGUGAUUGAAGAGCACACCGUACUGAAGUUAGUCGGUUGGAACCAGAGACAGGCAAGCACUCCGCGCUGGGCUCUGCUGUCCGAUUCGUACACAGCGGCCGCAAACUCACCGAGCUCAGUGGGAACGCCUGGGAUCAACCCUGACAAGGGCCAUCACUGCGGCUCGGACCCUUUCUUCCUGAACCCGACCAGCUCUCAAGGUGACCUUCGAGCACAGCUAGAGGACGCAAAGGAAAGCGGCUGCAUUGGCAUCAUCGUCGAAAUUGUUGAUGGGCAAUACAGCGGUCGCGCCUUUGACCCAGUUCUUUUGAAACGCCUUCGCCGGGUCUGCGCCGAGAAGCAACUCAUUCUUGCGGCGGAUGAGACUCUGACUGCAAUUCGCUGUGGUGCACCCUUUGCCUUUCAGCGUGAGGAGUACGCUGACGUCGAACCUCCUGAUCUGGCUUUCUUCGGUAGAGCCAUGUGUGCCCAUGGGAUAGCGAUAAAUUUCGCAGCACCGUUUGUUCGUAGUCUAGGCAUUGCGAGAUUCCUGCAAGUCAAGGCGGUUCGUCAUUGGCAAGACAAGGGUUCGAAGCCGGUCCUGACACCGGUUCUAAUCCAGGCACUCGCACUCGUGGAUCUCGCUGUGGCGGGUGACUUCCCACUACUGAGUCGGCAGGUUGGAAAGGCGGUUCGAGACUUCAUUGUGGAUGCUGCUCGGCAAAAUGGGUGUGAAGAGCACCCCCAGAGCUUCAUCGGGGGAUUAGAUAGCCUGAUCUUUGUGCGAAAGGACAUCGCAGGGCCCCUACUCAUCAUGGGCGCCAGCACUGCCGGCCCAUGGAUUCCCUGGGUUCGUUGGUUUCCAAGGCUCGAGGUCGACAUGUCAAAGCCUGCUGUUCUUCGCUCCAUCCUUGGGACUACCAGCAAAGAGACACGGCAGAAUUUGGCUCGACAGAUGAUCGACGAAGGGUCAAAGCCAAGUUGGUGCCAUUGGUGCGGCAGCAAGGCCAGCAACAAGAAAAGUAGUUGGUGCCAAACUUGCUGUGUGGGAUGCCUGCGAUGCUGA